GAGGCCGAGGUUGUCCGGUAGCAGAAGUGGUGAAAUCGAACAUUGCUUUCUCUUCUCUCUUUCCUCUCUCUCUCUCUCUCUUCACCGUAUCUCUUGCUGCGAAUCCCGAGUCGACUCAGCGAGCUCCAGCACUUUACUUGGUCUGAAUCAGAGAUAUACUUUUGAUGGUUUUCUUGAUGAAAACUGGUGAGAUGGCGCCGGAACUGGACUGGCAGAGAGGUAAAGCGGUGCCGGUGAAGCUGGAAGUGGAAGUCGAUGAUCCUUUGGAGGAAGAACACGGCCCACUCAACAAACGAUCCAAGCUCUCUUCUCCUCUUCAGCAUCAGGUGGGAAUUGGAGUGAGUGAUUUCAGGGAACCUCCGGUGGUGCAGUAUAACCCGCUAGAGGAGCCAAGUCCAUUGGGAUUGAGUUUAAGGAAGAGCCCAUCACUUUUGGAUUUGAUCCAAAUGAGGCUUUCUCAAGGGAAGAUGUCAAAGGCUGGAGGAAAUCCUGGUAAAAAGGAACAGAAGGCCAAUUCCAGUACAUCCGAGAAGCUUAAGGCGUCUAAUUUCCCUGCAUCGAUUCUCAAAAUUGGUAGCUGGGAGUAUAAGUCUAGGUAUGAAGGUGAUUUAGUGGCGAAAUGUUACUUUGCGAAGCACAAGCUGGUUUGGGAAGUUCUCGACGGUGGGCUCAAGAAUAAGAUUGAAAUUCAGUGGUCUGACAUUAUGGGGAUAAAGGCAACUUACCCGGAUGAUGCACCUGGGACGUUGGAUGUGGUGUUGGCAAGGCAACCGCUUUUCUUUAGGGAGACAAAUCCCCAACCGAGGAAACACACAUUGUGGCAAGCAACUUCGGAUUUUACUGGGGGACAGGCUAGCAUGCACAGGCGACAUUAUCUGCAGUGUCCUCCGGGCUUGUUAGGAAAGCAUUUUGAAAAGCUUGUUCAAUGUGAUCCCCGUCUCAACUUUCUAAGUCAACAAGCGGAGAUAAAAUUAGAUUCUCCUUAUUUCGAGUCCAAAAUAUCAAUAUUUGAAGAUCCCGAUGAAAGUGAUACUGGGACUGAUCUGAAUGGUGGAGAAAGUUCCUCUUUCCUUGAUUUGUGUGAUGCCAAUUCACCUUCGGGGGCUCACUGUUCUUCCUCACGGAGUGAGCAAGAUCACAUUGUUCAGCCUUUGGAAUCUAUUCGGCGUGAAACAUCAUCACCAAGCUCAGUGAUGGACACGCGGGUAAUUGAAGAUAUUAAAAGUAUGGGAGUAGAAGAAUGGAAGGGAUUGAGUAACUGGGAUCAGAUCAGAGUCCCGGGGCUUCAUCCUUCUAUGUCGAUGGGUGAUCUCGUGAGUCAUCUUGAACAACGCAUGUCGGAGCAAAAAACGUCCAAAGAUUUCAACCUCUCUAGCGAGGAACGACAAAGUUUAGAAAUGCUUGAAGAGAUAAACCGUUGUUUGUUUAGCGACACUCAGUAUAUGCCUGCAGCCUCGGAUGAAAAGUCUCUCAUGUCCCGGGUCAAUUCUCUCUGCUGCCUUCUUCAGAAAGACCCUCCUCCGCCCACCGCCCAAAGAAGGGAGAAUUUUCACGAGCCCGCAAUGGGGGACAAGGGAGUCGGAGAGUUCAACUUCGCUUCUGCAUCAGUAGUGAGUGAAAGGAAUUACGAGGAAAAUCGUCCUCCCACACCAGAUGACGAUGGACUACCUGAUGAUCUCACAUGCUCGAAGCAGAAAGCAUCGAUGUCAAGAAAGGACUCGGUUGGGGAUCUAUUGCUCAACCUUCCACGAAUUACGUCGCUGCCUCAGUUUUUGUUCAAUAUCGCCGAAGAUUCUGAUUAUCAUCAAGCUAGGUAGUGCGGUUUUAGGUUCUUCUUCAACUCAUCAUCAUCAGCAAAGGGAUGGUGAGACCUCUCACUGUAAAUAUAGCCAACUUCUUAUAGAUGUGUACUAAUUUUGUUCAGUUUAGGAAUUCAAAUUUGGUGUUUGGUUUCUUAUGUGCAGAUAAGAUGUUUUCUUUCAUCAUCCCCUCCUAUUUUAUAUUGUUGUUGUAUCAAAAUCCUAAAAAACAUGAUAUUUGUGGUUGAAUGUGUAUUUGCAAGUGAACUGCUGUAUGUGGAUAUGAAGAACCUGGUUUUGGAGCA